UGCUCACUGGUUUCAAUGACCCAUCAGGAAAUAUGUGCUUGUAUGAGUGUGCUUAAUCCACGCUCAUUUGAAGUGUGCCGGUGCUGCUUUCUCCCCCUCCCUUCUCGUCUCUCUGUUCAUAUAACCGGGCUGCCUCCAGACAGCCUUUGCCCACUUGCCUCGCCGGUCCUGAGCACACAAAGGUGCAGCACGUCUCUGAGAAUGAGUACCUUCUUCUCGGAGACGGUGUGGCUCUGCCUGGCUGUCACCGUAGUGCUGGGAGGACUAGCUCUUGGCAAUCUCAGGAAGAUCCCAGGGCAGAUGAGGAGAAAGGUGGUCUGCCUGGCGGGCCUCUGGGGAGGGGCUUACCUGCUGUUCAGCCUGUCCCUCUCCUGGGGCUUGAUCCUCUUCUUCCUGUCCUGUGUCCUCACCUAUACUUACUUGUCUGGUCAAGAGUUAUUACCUGUGGAUCAAAAGGCAGUGCUCAUCACAGGUGGCGAUUCUGGAUUUGGUCAUGCUCUGUCUAAAUAUCUAGAUGAGCUUGGCUUCACGGUAUUUGUGGGAGUUCUGGAUGAAAAGGGAUCAGGAGCAGAGGAAUUGCGAAGAACUUGCUCCAAGCGCCUCUCUGUGCUCCAGAUGGACAUCACCGACCAGCAACAGAUAAAAGACGCCCACAGCAAAGUGGUGGAAAAGUUGCAGGACAGAGGAUUGUGGGCUGUGGUCAACAAUGCUGGGAUCAUUUGCUUACCAGCCGACGGAGAGCUCAUUCCCAUGACCGACUACAAAAAAUGCAUGGCUGUGAACUUCUUCGGGGCUGUGGAGGUCACAAAGGCAUUUUUGCCUCUUCUUAGGAAAUCGAAGGGCAGGCUGGUAAACAUCAGCAGCAUGGCAGCAGGGGUCCCAAUGGAAAAGCUGGCAGCCUAUAGCUCAUCCAAGGCGGCUCUGACCAUGUUUUCAGCAGUCAUGAGACAAGAGCUUUCCAAAUGGGGAGUUAAAGUCUCUGUCAUCCAGCCUGGAGGCUUCAGAACAAAUAUCGCAGGCACAAGUGAAAUGUGGAGUAAGCUGGAAAAGAACAUCCUGGACCACCUUAGCUCUGACGUGGAGGAGGACUAUGGCAAGGAUUAUAUCCUCCAGCAACGGAAUUAUCUGAAGUUAAUCAAUAUAAAAACCAACACGGAUAUAUCCCCUGUGCUCCAGGACAUCCGACAUGCCGUGUCUGCUAAGAGCCCCUUUGCCUUUUAUGCACCGGGGGCAUUGGCUUAUUGUUUGCUCUUCUUUGUUUCCUUUAGUCCUACUGGCAUAUUUGAUUAUUUUAGCAAAAAAUUGUGUGAAGUUAGAGGGAGUAUGCCCAGAGCACUCAUUAAGCAGCCCUAACUGAAGAAUAAGCCAUAUGGGCAAAUAUGUGGGAAAUGUUAGUCUUGAAAUGAAAGGGAAACUUGAACUUCCCAUUAAAGUUGUGGUUUCCUGGGGUGCCUGGGUGGCUCAGUCAGUUGGGUGUCUGCUUUCAGCUCAGGUCAUGAGCUCCAGUCCUGGGAUUGAGCCUGCAGAGUCAGGCUUCCUUCUCAGCGGGGAGUCUGCUUCUCUCUCUCUCUCUCUGCCCCUCCACUGCUCGUUAUCGCUCUCUUUCAAAUAAAUGAAAACUUAAAAAAAAAGUAGACAAAGCUGUGGUUUCCU